GAGUAGUCACUUUUUCACUUCCUAAACUAUCUGAUUGAGCCAUCGUGCAUCAGGGCUGAGGACACGCAGACUCGAACGACCUGAUAAGCAGUAGGCUCUCGCUGCAAGCACUAGGCAAGCGAUCGUCAACGAUGAGUCACGGUCAUAACAAUCAUCUCUCUGAGGUCGGUGUCCAGAAACUCUACCAGCUACUCGCGGACCAUCACACUUCUAUAUUCAAGUCAGAAGGAAAGGCACUUGAAGAACCCAUUUCACCGUCCGUGCCAGACUAUCAUCGUUGUCCGAAGUGUUCGCACCCUCUCGUCGUGUGCCCCGGUUGUUCUAGUGUCACCUGCGACAACAGUUGGUGUACAGUUGGCUACCUUGUUAAACUUCUGUCUUCAUGUCGAUCGUGCUUUUCAAGCCCUGCGCUGGUGAAGAAGUGCAACCAGGAUAACUGUGUAUCUCACGCACACCUUAUUGUUGACAAAAUUUGUCCUGAUUGCAUCAAACCCUCGGACAUGGUUUGCCCCUGCGGAAAAACCUGGGUUUGCGGCAAGUGUGCCACUGACGAGACAAUAGACGUUUGUAGGCGCUGUCCAAAAUGCCGGAAUUACUUUUGUUUCUACGGGUGCAAAUACAUCGAGGUAUGCCCGGAGUGUAAAAAGACGACUCUGUGCAACGAUUGCAUGGAGCUUGAAGAUGAAGAUAUGUAUAUGUCUAACAAGGAGGGGUCUUCAAUCACGAGCAAGGUCACAUUCCCCGCGUAUCGGACGAAGUGCAGAUACUGCCGGCGCAGAAUCUGUGCAGACUGCUUUGAAGAGCGCAAAUUCCGUUGUGGGGAAUGUGGAGGUAUUUAUUGCCGGUCUGAUAAUGUGGGCGAAGGCUUCUGUUUGGAUUGUGGCAUAGUUAUGCGCCUGUAUUGCAGGGGCCCGCCGGCAACGAGACGGUGUUUCCAAUGUACCUGUAGGAAAAACUUCCAGAGGUCUGAAGAUGAACGUGCUGCAACUUUAGCUUCAGAAAACCGCAGCUGAACGAUGUCUAAUUUUGGCUCGGAGUUGACCAGUACUCAGUAGUGCACGAAUUGGAUGGAUAAUCAAUAUCCAAUGAGCGAACA